AUGCCCGCCUUCAACAGAUUGUUUGCCCUGGCCUCCUUGGUGCUCAUCCUCUGGGUCGGCGCCUGCUUCCCUGUGUGCGUGGAAGUGCCCUCGGAGACAGAGGCGGUGCAGGGCAACUCCAUGAAGCUGCGCUGCAUCUCCUGCAUGAAGAGGGAGGAGGUGGAGGCCACCACGGUGGUGGAAUGGUUCUACAGGCCCGAGGGCGGCAAAGACUUGCUGAUCUAUGAGUACCGGAAUGGCCACCAGGAGGUGGAGAGCCCCUUCCAAGGACGCCUGCAGUGGAACGGGAGCAAGGACUUGCAGGACGUGUCCAUCACUGUGCUCAAUGUCACCCUGAACGACUCCGGUCUCUAUACCUGCAACGUGUCCCGGGAGUUUGAGUUUGAGGCACAUCGCCCCUUUGUGAAGACCACACGGCUGAUCCCCCUCCGAGUCACCGAGGAGGCUGGAGAGGACUUCACCUCGGUCGUCUCGGAGAUCAUGAUGUACAUCCUCCUGGUCUUCCUCACCUUGUGGCUGCUCAUUGAGAUGAUAUACUGCUACAGGAAGGUCUCAAAGGCCGAGGAGGCAGCCCAAGAAAAUGCGUCUGACUACCUUGCCAUCCCUUCAGAGAACAAAGAGAAUUCUGUGGUGCCAGUAGAGGAAUAGAGGGGUGACUCGAGGUGACCUGAACACUGAGGGCUUGGAUAUGCCAGGUUCAGUGAUGUCAACAGCAUCAGGAGGGUGCCCCAGAGGCCACAUCGCUUCCCAUCCUGCAUUCACCCUUCAGUUCACGCCUCAUACAUCCACUCGCUUCUGACUUCCUCACGCCAUCGGACCCCUGCACACCAUGAGACUGCCAGAACUGAGGAGCCGACAUUCCCACACAGACUCAACCUCACCCCAUCUUAGCUUUUAAGCAAGCGGCACCCAUGCCAACUGGACUUCUCCCCUUGCGCCGAAUGACCUUGAACAAGUGCUGGAGGUGGCGCGUCCUCUGUCCGUUACUGUCUGGAACUGGCUGCAGGCAAAUGGAUGUUUUAAGGAAGGAAGCAAGAGUGAUUAGUUUAGGUUAAAGCAAAAGAGUGGCACGAGGUGGAAGCCUCUGGGGUCCUGGCCCACUAGACUAGCGCAUCAGAGCACAGCUCGCUUUUCUAGGUUCGCCACUGAUGGAAAGUUCCCUAAGCAUGGACUAAAUGUUCUCUGGAGCUUGGUACCACGACUAGAACUGGUGAGGUCUCUAAGGCCUGGGUUGGUCUCAGUCCUUCAAGAAGACAAGGACAAGAGACUUGGGAAGGGUUUAGCAAUUUAAGUGGCUUGUGAAAGUCACACAUGUUCACGAUCCUGUUGGCAUGUAUGCCCUCCUGCCCCCCCCAUUCUCAACCCACCCCCACGCCAAGUGAACAUGCCAUAUGAGUAGCGGGGGAGCCCUAUUUUCCUGUGGGCAUCGGAACUGAAAUUCCUAAGUUCUUCCUCUCAAAACUUUUGUGGAUCAAUAUUAUUGCUCGUGCUAUGGGAGGCAGCUGAGACUCAGGGCUCAACUUGACUUCAGAGGAUAAACUGGAGCAGCUGAGCCGUAGGUGCUGCCGGGUUAAACUGCCCAAGGUGGGUAACUUUGUUUUAGAAAAGACUUUGAAAUUGAAAUUGGCUGUGACCACGCCUCUUUCACAAGCACGGAUUGGGGUGGCUUGCCCGGCUGAUGUUAACCCUGAUUCCGGUAGCUAGAAAUUAUCCGAGAAGGCAGAGAGAAAGACGUGAAGUAGGCUGAGGGAUUUCCUUAGCGACAGGACUGUGAACCUGAAUCAUCCUCAGAAGAAUGCACCUUGGAGCGAUAUUUAAGAAACGUGGGUGACAAGCAAAUGAGUGACGUGAUAAGGGAGGGACGGGGCUAGGUGACUUCCAAUAUUGCACCUGGGAAUCUAUAAUGUCCAGGUUUUCUUUUCUUCUUGAAUUUGGGAGAGCAGAUGAACACUGGAUAGACUUCUCAAAAUCUUUUUUCCUUUUAAUGGAGUGAUUGGCCCAAGCGUAGGAAGUCCUUCAGCACCUAGUGAUGAGAAGGAGGAUGCUUUACAAAAUCUAAGAUGAGCGUGGCUGGGACUUGAUGAAGGAGAUGGCCCUUAGAUCUGCAGGAAUUUAUGGGGAAAGUCUGUACUUUGAUGCUUUGAGCCUCACCUGAGAAAUUCAUUUUUUCAUCUCUUCCAUCCCUGGGGAAGUACUUAAAAUAAGUCCUUGUUCACAUCUUGAAGAAAAUACUUUCAGUAAAUUCAAGGCCCUUCUCAUUGGCAAUUUCCCACAUAAUCUUUCAGAAAUAGGGGACACUAUAUAGAUUUUUCUCACUUUAUAGUUGGGGAAACAGGCCUGCAUAGCUGAGCUUUUCCCAGUCACGUGGCUGGUUGACAGCAGAGCUUGAGUAGAAGCAAGCUCCUUACUGCAUGCUUUCCUCUUGGUUCCAGGGGACCAUGCAUCUGACUUGUAACC